GCGGCCGCUGGUACCGGGUGCGCUCUGUUCUCGCACAGUUCCCCCUCACCCCGUUAUGGCGGCCACUGCAGAGGAGCCGUUCCCCUUCCACGGUCUCCUGCCUAAGAAGGAGACUGGUGCUGCCGCCUUUCUUGCCCGCUUCCCCGACUUCGACGGGCGGGGGGUGCUGCUGGCGGUGCUAGACACCGGCGUGGACCCGGGGGCGCCGGGCAUGCAGAUUACAACUGAUGGGAAACCCAAGAUCAUUGAUAUAAUUGAUACAACAGGCAGUGGUGAUGUAACUACAUGUACCAUUGUGGAACCUAAAGAUGGAGAAAUUGUCGGUCUGUCUGGAAGAACUUUAAAGAUUCCGACAACCUGGGUAAAUCCUUCAGGCAAAUAUCACAUUGGCAUAAAAAAUGGCUAUGAUAUCUAUCCUAAAGCUCUUAAGGAGAGGAUUCAGAAAGAACGCAAGGAAAAGCUGUGGGAUCCCAUUCACAGACUGGCUCUGGCAGAGGCCUGUAGAAAACAAGAGGAAUUCGAUGCGGCUCAUAGCUCUCCCUCCCAGGUAAAUAAGCUGAUAAAGGAAGAACUUCAAAAUCAAGUGGAACUGUUGAAUUCUUUUGAGAAAAAAUACAGUGAUCCUGGCCCAGUAUAUGACUGUCUGGUAUGGAAUGAUGGUGAGACCUGGAGAGCCUGCAUAGAUACAAGUGAGAGUGGUGACUUGACAAACUGUACGGUGCUGAGAACCUACAAAGAAGCUCAGGAGUAUGGGUCUUUUGGAACAUCUGAAAUGUUGAAUUAUUCUGUGAAUAUUUAUGAUGAUGGAAACCUUCUUUCCAUUGUGACAAGUGGAGGAGCACAUGGAACACAUGUGGCUAGUAUUGCAGCUGGAUACUUUCCAGAAGAGCCAGAACGAAAUGGUGUGGCUCCUGGAGCUCAGAUUCUUGCCAUCAAGAUUGGUGAUACAAGACUAAGUACAAUGGAAACUGGCACUGGUCUAAUAAGAGCUAUGAUAGAAGCAAUAAAAUAUAAAUGUGAUCUCGUCAACUAUAGCUAUGGAGAGGCAACACAUUGGCCAAAUUCUGGGAGAAUUUGUGAAGUUAUUAAUGAAGCGGUGUGGAAACACAAUGUAAUCUAUGUUUCAAGUGCAGGAAAUAAUGGCCCUUGCCUUUCUACAGUUGGAUGUCCUGGUGGAACUACAUCUAGUGUAAUAGGUGUUGGUGCCUACGUUUCACCUGACAUGAUGGUCGCAGAAUACUCUUUAAGAGAAAAACUGCCAGCAAAUCAAUAUACUUGGUCAUCCAGAGGGCCUAGCACUGAUGGAGCCCUGGGAGUAAGCAUCAGUGCCCCAGGAGGUGCUAUUGCUUCUGUUCCGAACUGGACUCUGCGAGGAACACAACUCAUGAAUGGUACAUCCAUGUCUUCUCCCAAUGCAUGUGGAGGCAUUGCAUUAGUGUUGUCAGGACUCAAAGCUAAUGAUAUUCAUUACACUGUUCAUUCUGUCAGAAGAGCUUUAGAAAAUACUGCAGUGAAAGCUGAAAACAUAGAAGUAUUUGCACAAGGACAUGGUAUUAUUCAGGUUGAUAAAGCCUAUGACUACCUCAUUCAGAAUUCAUCAUUCACAAGUAACAUAGGCUUUACAGUUACUGUUGGCAGCAACCGUGGAAUCUACCUCAGAGAUCCUGCCCAGAUAGCUGCACCUUCUGAUCAUGGUGUUGGCAUAGAACCUGUCUUUCCUGAGAAUACAGAAAACACUGAAAGAAUAUCUCUUCAGCUUCAUUUAGCUUUAACUUCAAAUGCAUCAUGGGUCCAGUGUCCUAGUCAUUUAGAGCUUAUGAACCAGUGUCGACACAUAAAUAUUCGUGUGGAUCCACGUGGCCUGAGAGAAGGACUGCAUUAUACAGAGGUGUGUGGAUAUGAUAUAGCAAUGCCUAAUGCAGGACCUCUCUUCAGAGUUCCAAUAACUGUUGUUAUACCGACAAGAGUAGAUGAAUCAUCAAGCUAUGAUCUGACAUAUACAGACGUUCAUUUUAAACCUGGUCAGAUCCGAAGGCACUUCAUUGAUGUUCCACAGGGAGCUACGUGGGCUGAAGUGACAGUAUGCUCAUGUUCAGCUGAUGUGACUGCCAAGUUUGUUCUUCAUGCCGUUCAGCUAGUGAAACAAAAAGCAUAUAGAAGUCAUGAGUUCUACAAAUUUUCAUCCUUACCAGAAAAAGGAUCAGUGACUGAAGCUUUUCCUGUCUUAGCUGGAAAAACCAUUGAAUUUUGUGUUGCUCGGUGGUGGGCAAGCCUUAGCGAUGUUAGCAUUAAUUACACAAUUUCUUUCCAUGGUGUACUUUGUGCUACUCCUCAGCUAAACAUGCAUGCUUCAGAAGGUAUCGUACGAUUUGAUGUUCAGUCUCUGUUGAAGUAUGAAGAUAUUGCUCCAUGCAUAAAUCUGAAAAGCUGGGUUCAAACACUCAGACCAGUGAGUGCAAAAAUAAAACCUUUGGGCUCCAGAGAUAUUUUACCAAAUAAUCGACAGUUGUAUGAGAUGAUUUUGACCUAUAACUUCCAUCAGCCUAAAAGUGGAGAAGUAACUCCAAGCUGUCCGCUUCUUUGUGAAUUGUUGUAUGAAUCUGAAUUUGAUAGUCAACUGUGGAUUAUUUUUGACCAGAACAAAAGACAGAUGGGUUCAGGAGAUGCCUAUCCACACCAGUAUUCUGUGAAACUGGAAAAAGGAGAUUACACUAUUCGGUUACAAAUUCGUCAUGAACAGAACAGUGAGCUGGAUCGCAUCAAAGACCUUCCAUUUAUUGUUUCUCACAGGUUGUCUAGUACCUUGAGCUUAGAUAUUUAUGAAAACCAUAGCCUUGCUCUCUUAGGGAAGAAGAAAUCCAACAGCUUGACAUUACCACCAAAACACAGUCAGCCAUUCUUUGUUACAUCUCUGCCUGACGACAAAAUACCUAAAGGAGCAGGACCAGGAUGUUAUCUUGCAGGAGCUCUUACACUGUCUAAAACAGAACUUGGAAAGAAAGCUGGGCAGUCUGCAGCAAAGCGACAAGGAAAAUUUAAAAAGGAUGUCCUUACUGUUCACUAUCAUCUGAUACCAUCACCAUCAAAAAGUAAAAAUGGCAGCAAAGAUAAAGAAAGAGAACAGGAAAAAGAAAAAGAUGUAAAAGAAGAAUUUGCUGAAGCUUUAAGAGAUCUAAAAAUACAGUGGAUGACCAAACUGGAUACCACUGACAUGUAUAAUGAGUUGAAAGAAGCAUUUCCUAAUCAUCUUCCAUUGUAUGUUGCAAGACUUCAUCAGCUGGAUUCUGAAAAGGAACGAAUGAAAAGACUUGAUGAAAUUGUUGAAGCUGCAAAUACUGUAAUUUCUCAUAUUGAUCAGACAGCGUUAGCAAUAUAUUUUGCCAUGAAGACCGAUCCCAGGCCUGACGCAACUACUAUAAAAAAUGAAAUGGAAAAACAGAAGACUACUUUAGUGGAUGCACUUUGUCGAAAAGGAAGUGCGCUGGCUGACCAGCUUCUUCAUCUGCAGGCCCAAGAAGGGGCUGCUUCCAGUGAUGCAGAAGGCAAAGAUGAGGAUCAUGAGAGCUGCUCUGAAGCUUUGACAGAGACAUUCUGGGAAACAACAAAAUGGACUGAUCUUUUUGACAGCAAGGUUUUGACUUUUGCCUAUAAGCAUGCAUUGGUAAAUAAAAUGUAUGGGAGAGGUCUCAAGUUUGCCACAAAACUCGCAGAAGAGAAGCCAACGAAGGACAACUUGAAAAACUGCAUUCAGCUAAUGAAGUUGCUAGGAUGGACUCAUUGUGCAAAUUUCACUGAGAAUUGGCUUCCUGUCAUGUAUCCACCUGAUUAUUGUGUAUUCUAGAAAACCAACAAUUGUAAACUUAAAAGUGAUUUUAUAUGGAUCAGGAUAUUAAAAGAUAAGUUUGACUUUUUAUUGGAACGCAUGUUUUCAUUACUGAAUGCUGAUUAUUAAAUUGUGUGUAUUUAUCAGUAGAGGCACCUGGGUACAGCUUAAUGCCAGUUAACCUAACUCCUGUCAUCAGGAAGUUUCCUUAUUGUGCAUCCCAUUGCUGGCAAUGGACAUGCCAGAACUGCCAACACUUAAGGAUUUGGAAUUAGGCUGGAAAGGCUUACUGCAUGCAUGUUAGGUUCUUAACUGUUACUUUUAAGUUCAGACCUGCAAAAGCUCCAUAUUUUUUACAGUAAAUUGAAUUUUAACAUGUUUGAUCUUAAUUUCGAUUGUAUGAAGGCCUUAAAGCUACUUCAGGAGUAGCUAAUACCUUAUUUAUUAGACUAAAGUAAUGGGACGUCAUUACCUGGAUUGUUUGCAAGAGUUUACAUUUAAUUUUUAUUUUUUUUUUAAGAAAAAUUCAACCUCUCAAACUGUUACAGUGUGUAACGCGGAAUUGCUGAUGCAUAGGUGCUCUUGUAAAUCUUCAUUCUGGAGUGAUUUCAGGCAAACUCAAAAAUCCACAUGAAGCAGGGUAUCAGGACAGGCUGAUACGUGUAUAAACGUGCCAGACAGUUAAAUCUUGAUCAGGUAUUGUAAAGCUAUACGUAUAUGUUUAAUAAUGUUUAAAAUGUAAACCACAGCAGAAUAAAUGUGCAAAGCUGAAGAUCAAGAAACACCAUGUGCGCUCUGAUACUUUAAAAGAUUAUUUUAUAAUUAAUAAAAACAAAUUAUAAAGCUAUAAAUUGCAUUGGUUUCUGACAGAGUACAUAAAUGAAACUUGCUGAAAGAAAACACAAACAACUGAAGUUCGGUGUAUCCCAGAAGAUCAAUGCUUUCUCUUAAAGACUUUACUAAUGGUUGCUGCUAACACUGUUCCUUCAGUGGAGUGAAAUUGGUCUGUUUGAACAAGUCACAUGUAUCAACCAGAGACAAACUGCUUUAUCAUUUGUCUUGCCAGUUUUUUCAUAACUUACAACACUUGGAUACAAUUACAGCUUUACAAACAUAAAUGCACAGAAGAUGCACCCUAAUGCUGCAAAGCAUUCCAAACUGUGACGUGCUGACAUUAAUCAAACUUAGGAAUAGUUUUAAUUCUCUCUUACUGUAACUUUAAGCAGCUUGACAUCUGAUUCUGGAAAUUCUGCUAGAAUCAUUGUGUUAAGUAUAUUGCCGAGUUUUUCCAAAAAUUCAUAGUCUGCAGUGAAUCUGAAUUUAUUUGCCCAUAGUAAUACUGUUCCUGGCUUACAAAAAUACACCAUUGUUGCUAGCAGAGCUUCCAAAGCUGCAUGAUGAUAUACAACAUCACUUGCCAGUAUGAAAUCAUAAUGGUAAGUGGAUAGAGGAAAGUCUUCAUGGAGGCCUUCUCCCCAUACCAGUUUUCUUACUUCAGGUUUGUGCAUAUUCAUGUUUUGUGUAUUUUUUGAAAUAUUAUAAGAGAGAUUUUCAAGAACUUCAGGCAAAUCAGUAGCCGUAACGUAAGCUCCUGAAGAAAACAUGAAUUUGUUUCAGUUCACAGGUACGCAGUUGAACAUAAAUAUAUAUAAAACUAUCUGCAUAAGUUCCCCAGCUUCCCCCUCACCAAUAAUUAGGGUAGUUUCUUUCUUAACCAAACAGUAUUUUACAGCACUUUUCGUUUUUAAAAAAACAAUGACAAAGUUUACUAGAACUGUUGCUUUAUUGCCUUAAAGAGACAGUGGCAGAUCUAGAUCGUCUUUCACAAGAAAUGCAAAAGGAAAUAUGAAUUUACUAACCUAAGAUACAGGCCACAAUGGAAACUAAGCCUGUUCCAGCACCAAUUUCCAAAACUUUUUUGUCUUUGAGGUUGAAUUGUUCUUGAUUUGAUUCCAGAUACUGAGAUAAAGCCAGUGCCUAAAACAGUUAACACAUAUCCAUACAAGGGUAACAGGUAAGUUGCAUAGAAAUUCAGUAGAUGUUUUUAUACAGGGUUUGUUGUUUUGGUUUGGGUUUUUUAUAUACAAUGAAAAACACAAAAGGAUGUAAAGUAAAAAUGUAAUAUGGAAAGAAUUAUGACGUGUCCUGGGUUUUUUAAUACAGAAGAAAAUAUAAACAGCUUAUUUUUAGGUUUAGGUUUAUGGAAUAUGGAUUUGCUGCACAGAUUUACACGCUGCGAGUCCUCUCACAGCCUAAGGUAGGCAGUGUUUAGGUAAGAACCAUGCAGUCAGAACAGCAAACGAGGUUCAACAAUAUCUAAAAUGUAAUGUUCUGAUUUAUUAUCAUAAAUGUUAUGGUUUAUUAUCACUAUGAUAAAGUAGAUUCAGGCUUCAGCUGAGAUUUUUUUGAGAACAAUUUUUUUUUUUUG